UACAGAGACUAGACUCUUUACGAAACAUCGUAACACAAGGACCCAAAUCAAGAAACAUAUCGUUCGCCGCUGCUUUUUUUUCUUCUCGCCUGAAGUUUGACAAAAACGGCAAAAUUUCACCGGAAUAUUCGAACCACUGACCGCUCCGGUCUAGUUUUAAACCACAGCGUGAAUCCUGAUCAUUAAACAAUGACUACUAUCGAGCCAUUUAACAAAUUGGUGAAGUUAGCAGCGAGGGCGUUUUAUGAUGAUAUAACUGCGAAAGGAGAUAAUCAACCGAAAUCCGGUCGCAGCGAUAACCGCGGAAUCGCCGUUGUUGUUCUUGAUGCUCUCACCAGACGGCAAUGGGUGCGAGAAGAAGAUUUGGCCAAAGAUUUGAAGUUGCACUUAAAACAACUUCGACGGACUUUGCGGUUUUUUGAAGAAGAAAAGCUAGUGACCAGAGACCAUAGGAAAGAGACUGCCAAGGGUGUAAAAGCAUAUAGUGCUGCAGUUGCUGCUACUGCUGAUGGUCCGAAAGGAAGAGAAGGAGAAGACAAGAUUAAGCUGCACACUCACUCUUAUUGUUGUCUAGACUAUGCACAGAUACAUGAUGUGGUUCGGUAUAGACUGCACCGAAUGAAGAAAAUGUUGAAGGAUGAAUUAGACAACAAGAAUACAGUGCAGGAAUAUGUCUGUCCAAAAUGCGGAAAAAGAUACAAUGCAUUGGAUGCUAGUCGCCUUAUUUCUUUUGAGACCAACUCAUUUCACUGUGAAAGUUGCAACACGGAACUAGUAGCAGAUAGUGACAAGCUAGCGUCUCAAGAUGUUGGAGAUGGUGAUGAUAACGCAAGAAGACGCCGUCGUGAAAAGUUGAGGGAAUUGCUUCAAAAGUUGGAGGUAGAACUGAAGCCUCUGGUGGAUCAGCUCGGCAGAGUAAAAGAAUUGGACGCCCCUGAUUAUGGAACCCUCCAAGCAUGGGAGCUUCGUGCAAGUACAGUUGCACGUGCAUCUAAUAAUGAUCACAAUGGUAAUGAUGCUUCUAGACCCGGCCAGUCAGGUUCGCCUAUGCUUCCAUUUCUUGGAGAGACUAAGAUCGAGGUGUCCUUUUCUGGCGGGGAGGAGAAAGGAGAGAUAAAAUCUGAACACCAAGAAAUGAAAGUUUUGCCUCCCUGGAUGAUUAAGGAAGGUAUGAAGCUAACAAACGAGCAGCGUGGGGUUGUAAAGCAAGAAUCAAAUAUUGUGGGAACUUCUGCAUCUAUGGAUCUGAAAGAUGAGAAAAAGUCAAUCAGUAAUGAGGACGAUGAACAGAAUAGACAGGUUGAAUAUUUUAAAGCAUUUUAUGCAGCUAUACUUGAAAGGCAAAAAGAACAAGAAGCAGCCACUAAGACAGAGCAAGACAAUCGCAUAGCCCCUAAUGUUGACCCUUCAAGCUCUAGAAAACGCAAAUUUGAUGACGGAGAAGGUGAUGUUGAAUGGGAAGAGACUCCCACCGCAGGCGAGACAUUCAAGGUGGACUUGAAUGUAGAAGCAACAGAGCCAUCAGGAGAUGAUGAAGAUGAUGAUGGCAUUGAUUGGGAAGAGGGCUGAUUUCUAAUCCGAGUUUGAGGUUAUCUGAAUCAUAGUGUCGAAACUUAUCCAAGACGAGAGAAGUUGUCAUAUGCGUCUUUUACAUAGUAUAAAUAUGUUCCAUUGAAGAGCAAGUGACAGGAAGGGAGGCAGUAAACUGGAGAAGGGGGGCUGUAAACUGGAAUUUACAAAUGAUAGUUUGUGUUGGACAUUUGCUGACAAUCUCCAACUUAAAUUAAUAAACCCUUUAACCAGUUAAGUUAAAAUUGUAUUUUUGAAAAAAAAAAAUAAUAAUAAUAAAAAAAUUGUAUUUUUGAUUUGACAAGGCUGUCAUUUGUCGUCAAAGAAUUACUUUCUGCUGCUACUUCAAAACUAGUACCCAUUCAACUUUAUGUUCGGUUUUUACAAUUCUUUGUUAUAUAAUGUAGGUUAACAUAGUUUGUUUAACUCAAAUAUAAUAGACGAUUUUAUGGUU